GGCCGCCAUGGAGGGGGAGGGUCCGGACGCUCGCGCUCGCUUCCGCGUGGCGCGGUUCAUCAUGGAGGCGGGCGUGAAGCUGGGGCUGGGCUCGGUCGCCGUCGCCACCGCCUGCGGCGCCUUCCACCGGUGCUGCCGGGCCCUGGGCGCCCGCGCCCCCCACGACCCCCACCUCGUGGCCGCCGCCGCCAUCGCCCUCGCAGCCAAGGCCGGGGACCCGCUGCGAGCCCGCGACCUCCUCAACGUCACCCACAGGUGCCUGCACCCUGGGGUGCCCCCGUUGGCGCUGGACGCGGAGUUCUGGGCGCUGCGGGACAGCCUCAUGCAGUGUGAGCUGUGGGUGCUGCGGGUGCUGCGGUUCCGCCUGCCCCUGGCGCAGGCGCACAAGUACCUGGCUCAGUUCGCGCUGGCGCUGGGGCAGUGGGCGCGGGGGGGGCGGGGGGGGGCGCCGGGCGUGGCCUGGGCGCUGCUGCGGGACGGGGCCGCGGGGGGGCUGGGGCUGCAGAGCCCCCCCCAGCACGUGGCGGCCGCCGCGCUGCACCUGGCCAUGGAGCUGUGCGGGUGCGGGGCCCCCCCCGGCGCGCCCCCCCACUGGUGGCAGGUGCUGAGCCCUGGACUGGGCCAAGAAGAGCUGGAGGAGCUGGAGCGGGAGCUGCUGGGGCUCUAUGGGCUCGACACCGAGGUGGGGGGUGACGACCCCCCCUGUGCCCCCCAAGUGACGCCUGGGCCCCCCCCCAGCCCCGACCCCAGGCCUGGGCCCUCCCGUGCCCCCCAGUACAGGCACAGACCCUUCCGUGCCCCCCCGGACUGAGCCAUGGACCCCCCUGUG